AUGUCUCGGCACGUCCUGCUGUCGCGGCUGGCAGAGCAGUUCCAGCCGUCCUCGCCGCCACCACCAGCUCACCGGUUCCCGUCUCCGGAGGGCAGCAUCUCCCCUCGGACACCACCGUCUCCACAUUCACCCCCGCGCUCUCCUGACUCUCUCUCACAUCAUCGACUAGAUUUACUUCAGUUAGGUGAUAUAGAGAUUGCAGGGAGAGCACUUAAACAAUACGCUAGAGCCACGGAGUUGGGAGCCCUGAUGUAUUGCAGUGGUCUCGGAGCGCUGUACAGCGGUGCUGGUGUCUGGCCUCUCUUGAUGCCGCGCGCCUCACCACCAUUCGUGCGUCCACCCAUUGACCACGCUAGACAUACACCGCCCAGAGAUGAUGACGAGGAAGAACUUCCUCUCAAUUUAUCGACAAAAAAUCGCCAAAUAUGGUCACCAGGAAGCGCAUGUGAGCGCGAAAAAGUGGAAGUUGGAGAAGAAUCCCCAAUUUCUCGAUGGGACGGACAUGAUGACAUUGACACACCUCUCGAACUAGUCAAGAGGUGCCGCAGCAACCCUGACGAAGCUGAGCGUCCUCCGAGCACAGAGCCGCGACGAUGCCCCUCAGCACCCGCGCAUCAAACCUACCCAAUCAAACCUUCACCAACCGGAGAUCUCAAUUUCUCUCUACUCCUCAAAAAUGAAAACAGAAAUGAAAAAUCAUUCCAAUGCAAGCAAUGCGGGAAGUGCUUCAAGCGGUCGAGCACGCUGUCAACUCACCUGCUGAUCCACUCGGACACUCGGCCUUACCCCUGUCAGUACUGCGGCAAGCGGUUCCACCAGAAGUCCGACAUGAAGAAGCAUACCUACAUACAUACAGGUGAGAAACCGCACAAGUGUGUAGUGUGCUCAAAGGCGUUCAGUCAGAGCUCUAAUUUGAUCACCCAUAUGCGCAAGCACACUGGCUACAAGCCAUUCUCGUGCGGGCUGUGUGAUAAGGCCUUUCAGCGCAAGGUAGACUUGCGUCGCCACCGCGACUCCCAGCACUCUGACGUGGCCGAACCCUCCACCACUCUGCAGAUCCCGCACCGCUACAGGUAUUACGGAGACGAAUCACCAGCACCCCUCACACCCCUUGUCACCAACUAA